AUGCGGGCCUACAAAUGUUCUUUUUCAAAUGGGAAAGUGCGGUAUCGUAACAGCAUGAAAGACGAGGACAAAGCUGACAUCUUCUGCCCAGAUGGUGAGCACUUCUUCGGCAAGCCCGAAAAAGUAGGUGAUGUGAUGUGGCUGGUGCAUGAGUCCAAUGGAUUGUAUCUGCCAGCCCAGCACCCGCAAUCCAAGCAAUGGCUGUUCGAAGAGGUGAUGUGGACCUGCGGGAAAGAUGAGGUGACCUACCGCAAUUCGCCUAACAUGGACGAUACCGUCACUGACAAGGUCGUGCCAUAUGCUUGCAUCUCAGCAAUGCCAGCAGCCUCACAGCCCGGCUGGCUGCAGGAGGCGUCAACCAAAAUGUACGUGCCCAUGAACAACCCUUCCACUGGCGAGCCCCUCUUCACCAAGGGCGCCACAGCCACAGUUGUUGCAAGUGCCCCGAUUCCAAUGCAAAUGGGGAAUGCAACCGGUCCUGGGCAGGCGCCCAAACCAGCCGGUGUGCCGCCCGAGGCUACGUUUGUCCAUGAGAAGUACGUCGGACCCACCACCCUGGCAGCUGGAUGUGCUGGCUGCCUUUGCUGUGGACUUCCGGGGUUGAUCAUCUGCCUGAUUCAAUUGGAUGAGAGGGAUGUGUGGAAAACUCCAGACGGCAAGCGUUGGGACCUGAUGGGCAAGCGAAUUGAGCAGUGA